GGGUUGUGUGCGUACGGUUUACAUCUAUAUGUAGUAUGUCAGCUGUCCGUGUUAUUUCUUUGUACUUCGCAGAUUACGUGUUCCCCUCUUUCUUUUAGAGGGAAUUCUUUUGUUUUAAGAGAAUAACCAGAACCUGUGACAAAAAAAAAUUGAACAUGGAGGCGACUAGCCUCGAAGAAAGUGACCUGAAAGGAAUGGAAGUUUGUAAUUUUGGUGGAACGGAAAUUGCACUCCCUUUGGAGUUAAUUGAGCAGGUAAGCUCAACCACACCACUAAACUGCAAACCUAUCUUUUUGUAAACUAAAAAUCCACUGAGUUAUCAAACUUGCACCUUCUCGAGCAAGAAGCCAUUCCUGCGCAGUUCCAAAUUGUAACGUGGUAGAGGAAAUUAACAGAGAUUUAACAAUUUAAUUUUAUAUAAUGUUUAAUUUGUCAACUUUACAAACGGACACAUGAAGAGUCGAUUCACUGGAAAUUAUAGUGAUUGGCUGGCAUUUAAAGGCAGAAAAGGAUCUUUUGUUAUCCAUCCAACAAAUUUUCACGAAGCGUUUGUCAUCAAGAACUUGUAUAUACUACUACACUGAAGUAAAUUAAUGUAUCCAAGAACACAUGGCUAUUAAGUGUUGUACCAGAGCACUUAGUCUCUCUUCAGAGGUGACUAACAGUUGCCUUAGGGUGACUGAAGUAAAAUAGCAGGUGACCAGGCUGGACCCUGCUGUAUUGUAUAAAGGGAGUGAAAUUUCUAAAGAAACCAUGGUGUUGCAUAGGUGGGGGAGUAUAACAAGACAGUGUGGAUUUAUCAACUGAGUUGAUAAUGUUAAUUGGCCACCAUACAGAGUUUCUAAAGCUGAUGUGACUAUUGAAGAGCCAAAAGUCACUUGUCGACAACUUGUCGUGUUGAACUUUGUGUGCAGGAAAUGUUUACUGGUUGAAUAAGGCCAGAGAUCAUGGAGAAUCAGCUGUGAUUAUUGAUGAAUUAUUCACGAUAAUAGAAUGGUAACAGAAAUAUAAAGCAGUGAAUCAACUUAUUACUAAAUGACAACAGAUUACAAGAUAGCGUGAAUGAUGAAUCAAUAGUGGCGAACAUUCUAAUCUCCAUUUCAGUGGAAUAAAUGUUUCUAGCCGAUAUAUAUCUAAAGAGAGAUAUCUAAAGACAUAGGAAAUCAAUGAUACUGAGAGAAUAUAUAAUUAUACUUCUAAUUGUUUUAAAGUGAUAGCAAUAAUAUAAAUGAUAACAAUUAUAAAAUCCUCAAGGCCAUAGAAUCGCAGGAGUUGGUUAAAAACACAACAGGAACAAUAAUAGCCAAGGGUGACUUAAACUUAAUCUACUGAAAAACAUGUGUGCUAGAUCUGUCAAGCUGAAACUAGAACCACUGGAAAAAGCUUUUGACUUAAUUGCUAAGUAAACAAAAUUGACAAACUGGCAAGGAGAAUUAAAUGGAUAAUUGUUGAAAUAGAGAUGCUUCAAUUUAACAUUUAUUACAACAGCGUAGGUCAAAAUAUAAAUCACUCACAGUGUUUAAUGAUCCUCUCAAUUAGGAAGAUAUAUUCUUUAAAGUUGUGAGCAAGGAAACCUGGCUUAAUGUUCUUACUCCUGCUGAUAGAAAACAUCUGGAGGUAAGGCUGAGAUUGUUGUCACUGGUAAGGUCAUGAAGUAUUUGUUAACUUGAACUUGUUUUGUACCUUUGUAAAGCAAUGAUUUCCUCAUUGGCUAUAUCACUCUGUGUAAAUGUCCAAUAAUAUAUGCAGAAUGUUGUCUUAAGUUUUAAUGAUUAUUUGUAAUAUUUUAAUAUCUUGAUCUUAACUUGUAUUACCAACAGGGUUAUGACUGGUAAACAAGUAGUUUUCAUUAGCCAAAAACCUCUCUCUACUAACCACAAACACAGUUAAGUAGGUAAUUACAUUUAUUUGAAAAGCCAGCUAAAAUAGUGCUCAUUGGCUCUUCACAAGAACUCUGAGUGCCUGUUAAACUUUGUGUCAACUCAAGCACUAAAUUAAUCUUUUGCAAUUGACAAAGAAGUUUUUCCCCUCUAUUUAUGGUAACGUUCCAUUAUGGUUGGUUAGAGAGGUUGUUUCAUUGGCCAAGUCAAACCAAAUAAGGACUCAUACAGGUGUAAAUUCUACAUAUCCAAACUUUUAAAGAACAGGAAAAGUUUUAAACAGCUGUCAACAAAGAAUGAUUUACUCCUAAAAACAAUUCAAGAUCACACAAUGAUAAACACUGACUGAAACUGACAAUGAAUCUGUACAUAGUAAGAAUACUCAAACAAUGUAGGGAGUCAAUAAUGAACUAUUACAUUUUUCUUUCUUAGAAAUUUCUUCCAGUGUUGCCAACAGAUUACCCACAUGCUCAGGAGGAGAACAUCAGGUUAGCUCCAGUGUGACUUCAUGUUUGUUUUGUCUUUGCAGUAAGUUUUACAUAGAUUAGUACAACUUAUUACAAUAAGCUUCUGACAGUCACAAAGUAAUCAAGAUUAAAAACAAUGCAGGUUGUUAUAAGUACACAUGUGAUUUAUCCAGAGAUUAUAACAGGAUUGUCAGAAUGUUCAAUUUGGCUGAUGAUGUUUGGAAUAAGGAGUGACAGGUGUUAGAAAUAAAAAGUCUGAUUCAUCAGGCUAACUUUUACUAGAACACAUGCUUUUGAAAAUUCUUGGUAGAUUUGCAGUUACAAAAGCACCUUUAUUGUAAGGUGUAAUUCUACAAUUUGGAACCAUGAGGUACAUGUUAGAGGUGCCUAGUUUUUUACCAUUUGAUUGAAUGUACACCUUAGAUUGUUCCAAGAGCCUACAAGACAGUUAUUUAUUCACUUGACAAUUGUUUGAUCAGUGCCUUACUAGGUGGUGAGAACUUCAGAUUUGGGAAUCCAGUUCAACAAUUUCAGGAAAAGUUAAAAGGUGAGAUGCUUUCUAUUUCAUUCAAUUCUUGACUCAUAAUGUGGUGACUCACAGUAAACAACAUUUUUUUGUGUACUUAUUUGAUUUGCAUCUUUGUUUAUCCUGGGCAUUCUUUUGCACUAUAUAUCUUAGAUUGGAAAUAACUGAUCUUUUCAAAUGUUUUGAUUGAGUUAACUUUAUGAUCACAUGCUAGGAACAAGAAUCACAACUCCUGUAAUUAAGCCUCCCUGGAUGAAACUCUAAAAAAAGUAACAAUAAGUACCAUAAAUUUACUUCACAUGUUCAGUUCCUGAAUUGAUAUAUUUAUUAUGGUAUUUAUUUAACUAUAUCAGUCUCUGAGGCAAUCUUUGAUUAAAAUAUGAAUUACUGCAGACAAUAUUUUAUGUUAUUAUACAUUAGACUUACUAUAAAAAAUCUGAUUGGUUGAGAGCAUUCAAUCAAUAUAUAAUAGCAUGUGAUGUUCACAUAAUAAACUGAUAUCUAUGUUGUCUGGAUUAGUCUUUGGCUUCAACAGAUAACUCUGACCUUGGUUUUAAUAAUUUGUGAUAUCAUGCUCAACCUUAUCAAAUAAUUGCUUAUUACACAUGUAGAGACCUAAAGAAAUGUUUUGCAUGUUCUUUAUAGAUGGAUAAACUAAUUUCAUCAUGAUUUAUCUGAGUAUAUAUUGUAAGAACUCUAAAUAACUUACAUCGAAAAAAUGUGUUUUGGUUUCUGAUCAAGCUGGCUACUUCUAUCCUGAUGUUGUGAAGUACAAAAAGUUAUGUCGCAAAGCUACAUACAAGGAAUACAAGGUAAAUUGAUAGGUUGAUCUUCUUACAAUUCUUUUUUGUUUGUGUGUUGUGUUGAUUUUUUUUAAAGGUCACUUGGAUCAAAAGAAAACCUAGACCAUAGGAAACUAGGAACUGAGGCUGAGAUAAAGGAAAUUUACAUUUUAAAACUGAUAGUUACUAGUGACUACAUAUUUCACCAAUAGUAAUGUUUUGAUAUCGUGUAAAUUCAAGGUGAAAUAGGAGUACUUAGAUUUGUUGUGUAUCAGGAGGAUAAUUUGCCCCUCUUCUCAUAGAUUCAGCAACAGAGAUAUCACAGAAAGGUGUUGAGGGAAAUUCUUAUAUCUCGUCAGGUACAGUACACUGUAUUUUGUUAAAUCUUGAUUUUAAAUCAAUGAAUGAAUCAGUUAAAUUAAAAAAUAAAUAGGUACCAUAUGAUUUGUGUUGUUACUUGGCUGCAUCUCCUAGAUUCUCCUAUGCACCACAUGCAUAGAAAAGCUAAGGUUCAAACAGUGCAGAAAAGUAAUAGACUUUUAAUCUCUACAGUUACAAGGGGAAAAAAAGCAAAACACUUACAUAUCUUGAAUCAUGCUAGGUUUGUUUGUGGCCUCUCCCUUAGAACAUAAAGGUUGGAAAAAAUAAAACAAAAGAUGAAUUAAAAAAAAAAAAAAACCAACUAAGCAGAUACUCAAGUCAAGAAAAACUUUUUACCUUGUAUGCGAAAGUACUGCUUUUGAGUUCCAUGCCCAUACCUUUCUCCUAUAGAAUAUUAUUGUUGAAUCUUAAGUAUAUAACAGGUAAUGAAACAGUAGUGUGUUAGGACAACUAACACUUUGCUGAAGCUAUCAUUGUCUUUUUCAAAGUUAAAUUGGUUACUGGCUUGAUAUAGAACCAAGCACAAGUAUAAGAUAAAUACAACUAUUCAUAUUCUUGUUCCUGUAGGAAAUUCUGGAUCAGAUUGGGAGACAAAGCCCUGGGGAACCCAUCAAAACCAGGUACAUGUAGAAUGCAACUAUUUUCUUCUUUACAAGUGUCCUUUUGCUCAUGGCAGAAGAUGUUUUCUAAAUCUUUUUGUGAGUCUCAAGUUGUAAUUUAUGAUUUACGAGCUUUUGAUGGUAUUUGAAUUGAGUAAUUAUAUUUGUUUCACAGUGGACACACACCCUCUACUGAUGCCUUGGCAAUGGAGCACAGAGUCAACACACGAUUCAAGAGGUGACUUUUUUGUAGUUGUCUUGCUGAUGCCAAAUAAAUUAUAGUUAGCAGACUAACAUUAGCAAUUUUCCAAAGGCCCAAUUUGUAGUCUACUUUAAAUCUACUAGAAGACCAUGAAAUAAAAAUGGUAUUAGAAGCACUACAGUUGCCUUAUAUUAUUAGGUGGGAGAAUCUGUUUGCUUUUUUCUGUUGCUGAUUUGAACUGUUGUAUGUAAUGUACUUCUGCUGCUUUUUUUCUGGUGUAUUUUGUUGAAUGGAAUGUUUAUUGUUUAUACAGGAUCCUCUCAGAAUGUAGGCAACAAUUUCAGGUAAUAAAGUACAUUUUAAAUGUUUUUUAUUUUUUCUUUUGAAACGAAAGAUUAAAUUAUACUUCUGUGUCACUGAGGAGUUUAAUACCAAAUUAACGUUACUUACCAUUGGUUGGGUUUUUGUUUUUAAUGCUUUUAAAACCUCCCUCUAAACUAUCUUUAGUCCUUAUAAAUUUCAAGGCAUUGCUUUGUAAUUUAUUUGAUGCUUUAUGGUAUUCUUUGGGAAUAACCUGACAUGAAGGCUUUUGUUGGACAACAGGCUAGAACACUCAGCCCUAACAUUAGGUUUUAAAAGCAUUAAAAAUGAGCCUACCAAAAGCUAGACGUCAUAUUUACACAGUGCCCUUUUUCACAUAUUACAAUUAAACAAAGUAUUUGUCCUUCACAACAGAGAACAUGGCAAUGUUAAGAAUUACUUUUAACUAUCCAAAUUUGAAAGAUGUGGCAGAAAAAAUUGUUUUGAGGUCAAAUCAAAUCUAGAGGAUUGAGUUUUAAGUGACUGAUGUUCUCACUGUGGCUCUCCUACUCAUGUCUAAUGGCAAGAGGACACAAUCCAUUCAUUUUCCCUAUGGUUUUCAAAACUGACAGUGCUUAUAUUAUGAUUUCAGGGAGGAAAUGUAUCCUCUGAUGAUGAAGAAAGAGGUAUGGGUUUGUUAAUAUGUUUGAAUUCUUAUUUUUAUUACAAGCAUACACAUUUGUAGACAUUCCUAAACAAGCACUUAGUAACUACUUGUGGUUGCUUUGAUCACUAAAAUCAAAUAUAUUCAUUAGUGACAACAUUAAUAUGGCAACUUUUUAAAGCUUCCUCAAUCUGCUGCUAAUAGUGAAUGAAAGGUUGUGGUCAUGGGAGAAGCAGUGGCCCAAUGUUUAGUGCAAUAGACUCCAGGUUGAGUGGUCUGGGCUAGAGACCUGGCUAGGGAAAUGUGUUAUGUUCUGGGCUAAACACUUCACUUUCCCAGUGUCUCUCUCAACACUGGAACAUAAAUAGGUAUAGGCAAGUUGUCCAGGAAGCCUGAUGAAAUAUUGGGGGUAACCUUGCAAUGGACUAGCAUUCCAUCCAAGAGGGGAAGUUUAAUAUUCCUAGUUGCUCUAUGUUAUAGAAACAGGAAUAAGCUCCAACUGGAAGGGCUACUUGACUCAAGUACACUUUACUAUAAAGGUAUUGAUACAAUAACAGCAACAAUAUGAUGCUUAUACUUAAUUGACCUGCAUUUUUCAUAGUCCCUGCACCCUUUGGUCCGGCCAUGGGUAUAUUUAUGGCACCCUUUAACACUAUGCCAGGUGUUUUGAGUGGUUUUCACCCAAUGUUUGGAGCAGGACUGCCAUUUACUGCAGGUUACCAUGGUUUUCCUUAUCCUCCACCUACCACUCAUCGUGUAACAUCACCAAAUGUGGUGACAGAAGAUGACUUUCAGACAAUGAUUCAAGUACAUAGAAAGAGACGACUAUUAAAUGAGGUACUGCUGCUCAUCAUUUCUUGUUUUCCAUUGUUGUUUUGUCCAUUAUUAUCACCGGUUGUUUGCUUAGGUGGUUUUAGGAGGUUACCCCACAGGUGGAAUUAGGGGUUGAUAAAUGAACUGGUAAGGUGUUGGUAAUUAACAAGCAUUUUAUGGUGGUAAUUUUUAUAAAGUCAUCAAAUUCAGAGCUGGUCUUUGUCAGUCAGAGACAUGGUCACUUUGGAGGUAUUUUCUGGCAAGCAAGUGCUCAAUAAAUCAAAUAUGAGUUUAAUUUUACCUGGAGGAAGUAAAAAAUUGCACAAGGAGGCAAAGUGGUCUUGAGAAUGACCAAAUAGUGGCUUCUUCGCUCCAAGUUAUCCUCAAUCUUACCAAUUGACAUGGUGGUUUCAAUUGGACCAUUGAACACCAACUCAACAGAAUCUAAACCUGUAUUCAGCCUGCUUAAUAUAAAGUGAGACCCUGGAAUUACUAGGCUGGAUGUUAUACUUUGAAUUAAACAAUGAGAGAACAUCCUGUAUAUUCCCUAAUUUGACGUUGUUUUUAUUAUUGAUAGAUGUUUUUCUUCAUGUCAUGAGUGUGGGACAAAGGAAAAGUCUGAGUCCCCAUGAGGAAUUGAACCUUAGAACCACGGUUUUGUGCACUCUGAUGCUCUAACACUAAGCCACAGAGACUCAAUGGUGAACAAUGCCAUUAUGAUGUUCAGACAGUGUAUGAGACACAUCCAGCAUACUGUUAGGAUCAGCAAUUUUAAUAGCAUAUGAAUAAAAUAUAAAAGUUGUUUAUUUUUUUGUUUAAGUUUUUUUUAUUAUUAUUAUUAUUAUUAUUAUUAUUAUUUUCUAAAAGGAUCAUCCUGAGCUGGAUACAAGAUUCACUUCCUUUCAAGAUAUUAUAUUCAGAACAAAUCCUUCUAAGAAAGUAUCAAAACCUGGUUGGUAUUUGUCAAUUGACAAUUUUAUUUGCAAGUUAAUAUCUUGUGUUCCAGUGAUUGUUUUUAUGUGGUUGUUGGGAUAUAUAUGGGGGAGGGGGGCUGGGAUACUUGUGUUUGAAGGCUGUUGGCUAAGGUCAAACUAGCUUUGUUCCUGACUUCAGUUUGAACAACAUAAAUAUUCUGAUGGUUCGCAAUACUAUGAAAAACUAUCAUUUACCAAAGUUGAGGUGAAUAGUGGAUGAUAUUUAAUGUUAAGGGAGUAGGUAGUUAAUUAUCCUACACUAUCACCAGUACUAACCUAGGUGAAAAAUAAUUAUUGUUUUUUAAGUGUAUAUACAAACUAGACAGCUAGUAGCUUAAAAUCCUUAUGGAUAAAAUAUCAGUGGCUUUGACUUGAUAUGAGAAAGCUAGUCAUCAACAGGAUUUAACUCUAUAACUGCCAUGCUGUGCAGUACUUUAUGCCAGCCUUUUCUUUUUUUUUAAUUUUUUAUGAUUCUAUUUAGUUGAGCUUUCAAAAAAGAAGGACAAGAAAGCCAAAGUGAAGAAAAAGUUGAAACAGAAGCUUCAGCAGAAACAGGAGCGACAAGCUCAAGUUAUAAAACAUUUGAAUGAAAAUGCUAAGAGAGAAGAGCCAGGCCAUGCAGUACAUAAAGUACCGAGGUAAGGCAAGAUGUAAAUAGAUGGUUCUAUCUUCAACAUGGUGUUUUUUUUUGUUAGUUUGGCUGUCUGUGUGUUUUUGUUUGUUCGUUUUUUUGUUUGUUUGUUUGUUUGUUUCAGGUUGAAACAGUGCACUGAACUUUUUUGUGUCUUUUAUACACUAUUGAAAUAAGUGAUACAAGAUAAAGAAAACAAAAACUUUUUCAUUCCAAAAACAGUAUAAUAUUAGAAAAAGCACAUUAAUUAUCUGGGAAAGGUUUCUUUUCUAUUAUGUUGAUCAGAUUUUUUUUAUUAUCAUAUUCUUUUACAGUUGCAUUGAUGGAUCCCAGGAGUUGACUUGCUUCUUCAGUCUACUUCGUGAAAUUUUUCCAAUUUUUCCUGAUUCAAAAGCCAGCCUACAGAAAGUGAGUGAUUUUUUCUGUCAAGUUUAGAACUAUAGGAUAGACAGUUAUGAACAUGUGAUUGGUGAUUUAAACUAAUAAGUGUGUAUAUGCUCUCUCCUGGGGAAUCAUGUGACCUUUUAGGUUGGCCUUGUUGUGCAGUUGAAUGUUAAUUACUUUCUAGAGAGGGAAAAGUGGGUGAUCCUGAAACCAGUAGCUGGUAUAAACUUAAUGGGCUGGUAAUUGAAACAAAGUCAGCCAUUGUUUAAUAAAAGCAUGUUGUAAACUAAAGUGUAUCUUCAAUUUUGCCGAAUCUUUUAUAUGAACAUUUGUUCUUGUGAACAGUGUCUAAAGGGCCAAAAAGCUAGCAGUGAAAGGACUUCUAUUUGAUUAAAUUAACCCUCUUCUAGAGAAUACCUAAAACUGAGGUUUGGGUUAGACCUCUUGUAAAUAACUAGCUGCUGUUUUAAAAAAAUGUAAAGAGAGUAACUAAGUAUUGACAGCAACAAUUUGCUUCUCAAAAUGUAAUUUGGCUUAUUACAAGUAUUUGUCUGCAUAGGCAAAAAACCUGUCCUAAUUAUUGGAACUUGAAAAAGUGAAGGAAGCUGUCUACGAAAGAGUGGACAAUGAAUGAACUGUAACAAGGGAUAUUUUCACACUUAUUUUUGCAAUACAAAUAUACUGGGUAGUUUAUUUUCGUAUGAGCUAUGGUAUUUAUUACAUGAUUAGAGCAAACUUGUGCUGAACAAAUAUUGUGGUCAAAAAGUGGAGCAGUAAUAAUGGGUUAAAAUUUGAUGAAAUAAAUUACUCAGCACCUUUGAAGUUAAAGCGAUGAUGUCAAUGAAAAGCAUAUUGCCAAUUUUAAUCAUUUGUUUAUUUCCCUAAUUUUUUUAGAUUGAGGAGAUUGUAAAAACAUGGCAGGUUUGUCAACAUCCUUGUUACUGUACAUUAUAUAAAACCUAUUUUGUAUCUUUAAGGAUGCUUACUAGACAGAGUGUCAUCUGAUUAAAGUUAAGAAUAUAAAAACUGAAAAGAUAGUUGUUACUAGCCUUUAAGGGCAUCCAUUGUGCAUGGCUAGUCUGAAGCUAACUUGACACACAAGUUGACCUUGAGAAGGAGUGAUUUCCCCUUAAAAUUUCAUUCAGCUUUACCAGACCAACAAUAUUUGGCAAUUUUUGGAUAAUGUAAGAAAAAAAUCUCUUACUUGUUGUAUUAUGACUUUCACUGAACUACCCUUAAUAACUGCAAGAUUGUUGUGAUGGAGAGACAUUUUACCUUUUUGCAGCAAUUGUUUAGUACGUAUUUGCUAAAAACAAAGUAUAUGUCAAAUGUGAUUAUUAUAUGGCUGGCUCUGUGACCUGUUUUUUUUAAUAUAUCUGGCUUUCUGAGCUGGCAUGACUUGUGUAUCUUUCCCACUAAGGAUGCCUGCCUUGUAUUCAUAUAUUAAAUUUUGCUCAAAACCAGCUGAAAUAGUCUACAACCUCUGGUAGUGCAUGGAGGCAUACAAAAAGUAACCAUAGGUCAUGAAGGUGGUCAUGUAGUUGUUAAAUAGUGGUCAAGUAUGAAGACUGUGAAUAUUGAUCAUGAGAAACUCUUGGGAAAUUAUACCUUUAACAACUGCUUACAAAGUAUUUCUUAUUAAAAAUUAUAUCACUCAAAUAAUGACACAUGUUAUUUUAGUUGUCCUCAGUCUGUGCUGUAAGUGGGUGGGGCACUCAGGAGCCAGAUUGGGUCAAGCUGGUUUAUUCUGCUCUCAUCUUUCUCUCUGGGAGUUCAGGAGGUGAAAUAUAUUUUGUGUUCUUUGUUUUUGUACUAAAACUGAGUUAUACAUAGUUACUAAGGGUUUAUGUUAUUUAGAGCAAGAGUGAAUAUAACUGCAUGUUUUUCAUAUCUUACAUUUGGCAAUCUGAGUCACUGCAGGUGUUAAAUGUACCUCCUUAAUACAUUAAUUCAUUGUUUUUAGAGACUCCAGCUUCAUUUGUACCUUUAGUGGAUUUCAAAGAGAGGCCUCAGCAGUGGAAGUGGAUAGGUGAACACAUGCAAUAUACAUACUAACUCUAAUUUUUAUUCUGCUCUCUAGUUGGAUACACUUUUGCUGUUAGGUGUGAAAGUCAAGCAUUUUAUAUAGGAAACAAUCUGUUUCUCGUUCCAAUUUCAUUUCUGAAUGAUCAAAACAUCAAAUGAUCUAUCAAGCAGAAUAUGUUUAAAAAAAUAUUUUGCAAGCCUUCAAUUUGUCCCAUUUCAAGUCGCAAGUGAGACGAGCGCAAACGGAGAUUUGCUAAUAUUUCAAAAUUCCAGAUUAAAAUGGUUUCCAAAACUUAACAAAAGGGAGGGGGAAGUUACUUUACCAAGUUUAAGCUAAAAAUUCAGAUUUCUCCGGAAAGUUACUUUUCUACAAGAAAGAGCAGUUGCCUUAGCAUUAUAAAUAACUGAGUGAAAACAAUGACAGAGAUGUUGGCUUCAAGAGUUUCCUAGAUAAUAAUUCGUUGAAAAAAUUAAAUUGAAACAAAUACUGACAACAUUACGGUGUUGCUUUUUCACAUAAAUUGAAUCUAACAGAAAUUUUUAAACAUUCGGUACUCUACAAAGCUUUUGAUAACGAUUAGGAAUAGAGUUCACCUGCUGACUCAGAUAGUAUUAUGGAAGAUCGCUAGUAAGCAUCAGUAAUCAAUUGCGGAAAAGUGCAGCUCACAGAAAGUAAAGUUUUUAAAGAAAGGGAACAAUUCUUAGUACACAAACAUCAAGGCAGCAUUUCUCAACCUGUUAAAGGGUCGCUCUUUGAAAAAAAACCUUUGGAUCAUGUAGUGGCACCCUAUCACUUUCGAUCUGGUUACAAUUUGACAUUUCAACACCCUUUUGCACACAACCCAGAGGUCACUUCUUUUUUUGGGCCAACAGGCCAUAAGGCGAAACCCUCCUCCCCCUAAUCUUUUAUCUACUUUGGUGAUUCAUUUCAUAAUACUUCAUAAAUAUUUUGAGGUGUUUGGGUUUUUUUCGAAGGGGGGGGGGACUUAAGGCUUGAGACUAAAGGGACUUAAACGACUUAAGGCUACUUAGGGUCUCAGAUUAGGCCUCAUCUUUAGCAGGUCUUAGAUAUUCUUCAUCUGGCCAAUAUUUCAUGCAAAUAGCAUCAUUAUGCUUCUGUGAAGUUACUUCCAUCUUUUGCUUUAUUGAAUCCAGAAGUUAGUUUUAGUCAAUUCGUAAUUUAUUUUCUACGGAACAGGUGUGGUGCCAAGAAUGAAUACCUUUUUCCACUUACCCUGGUCAUUUAUUUUAUGGGCCAUUUUGUACUGUGUGGGUAAAAUGUUCAUAUGUGGAGCCUACUGUUUUGUUUUUGACGCAGGUUCUAACAGAGAUGGAGAUGAGUUAUUGGAGCCGUUGUGUGAAGACUGGCUUCAAAUCAAAGGACAGCUUACAAGCAAAAAGGCAUUGCUUUUUUUUCUCUUUGGUUAUGUGCAGGCAACAUCUUUGAAAUGCUAAUAGAUUGUUGUACGUGCUUCGUCUCGGUCCGUACUGUGAGUUUCGGGCUAAGUUUUUUGCGCCCGGAAUUCUGAGCGAAUCUGUUACUUACAGUGCAGACCGAGAAAACCAGGCUAGUAAGAUAUAUAGUAUAUCUCAAGGUUCAAAUAGAGGGGGAGAUUUCAAUGCAACUGUAGUUUGAAUUUAGUUGGCUGCACAGUGAAUUACGACCCGCUAAAUAAACCAAUCCUACUGAGCGCAUGUACGGGUAUGAUAGUGAAUAUUCAUUCACAUUUGGGAAAACGCUUUUAUGUAGGAUGAAUAGGUAUUACUUAAAGGUGUUGAAUCUGGUUUAAUUACAUUAAUGGGGUAACACAAUUUUUUUCAUUUCGUAAAUGGGUACUUACCCGGUCCAUCAAUAAGUAAGACCUGUUGGGUGAAAUGAUAUUUUCGUACUCGAGUUUGUUAUGAGGUGCAUGAUUCUUGUGUUUGUCAUUUACAGGAUGUUACAGCCGAAUCAGAUUCAUCAUCUACGCCCAAUCCUCGUGUGUAAGUAAAAACACCUGAAUUAUUUGUGUUCGCAUUCGUUUGCAUGGCUGUGUUCGCUUUCCUAUUGAUUGUUUCAUGAUCUCAUCUUCUGUUCGUUACACGUGAAAUCAGAAAAUGAGUGAUGGUAUCAGAAAUGUUUUAAUGCACAUACCGCCUGUAAACGAUAUGUUUUUUUUAGAGUCAUCACGUGAAUCUUUUACAACCGUGAAACUAGAAUGAAUAUUAAUAAACAACAAAGUCACUAACGUCGUAUAUUAGGUAGUCAUGUCUGCUCACCUGUCUGGCGUUCAAAUAACGGCUUAAUGGAGUUAAUAUCAAUUUUUUAUUUUUCACUGGGAGAAUAAGUAAUGAUAUUAAUCUAUAGAUAAAAGUAGAUUACAAAUGAAAUUUGUCUCUGCAGGAAAACAGAUUUCGUUGUGAGGCCAAGUACGGAAGAGGAAAGAGCAGCUUUUAGGGAACAGGUAAAUAUUUGAUUCUUAUUAAUAUUUUGGUCGAUAGAAAUGUGGUUGAGAGCGAGUGGGGCUAGGGGAAUAUGGGAAGAUGAGCGUUAUUGAGGCGGGGGUUUUGGUAAAAACUUUGAUGGCCAGUGGACGAGGAUAUCGUAAGAAUCAAGUAGAAAAUCCUCAGAUAUGAAGCUUUUCCACAGUAGAUCUACAACGUAUGUUUCCCUCUGCAUGCAUAAUGUUGUAUAUAGUUUAUAAAUAAUAUUGGAAUAAUAUUAGCUUAUUUUCUCGAAGAUAUUAGCUCUACAGCUACACUGAAUUUCGAGCGUAAAUAAAGUAUAUGUAUGUAUGUGUGUGUCAUGGGUAUGCCGUCCCUCUUCAAAGUGGACGAAAACCGUUAAAAUGUAGAAUUGAAGACGUAAAAUGAUGCUCGUGAUUGUCUCACUACAGGCGUCCAUGUACCAGUCGAAGCGCAACAUUAAUUACAAUUUAGGGAAAAUUUAUUUCCUUGGAAAUGAUCUUCAUUGUAUGCUGCUUUGCUGCAAGGAAUCAGAAGCAGCGUCAUCCUCGGUUUUGGGUCACAGAAAUACCAGUGCUGUUGCAUAUACUUCUACAGUACCAAGAACGUUGACAAGCUCGUAAACCCAGCUGGCUUGUCUAGAACAUAUCAUAUUUCUGCUGUUAGCCUGCUGGUAUUAAUAAUAAUAUAAUUAAUAAUAAUAUAGGUGGUAUCUAGUGGCAAGGAUGUCAUCCAUUUCAUGGUAAUAACUGUCCAAUAAUUAUUCUUAAUUACUUGCACUGAAAAAAAAAAACACUCCUUAUAAAUUUAAAUUGAAUCGAAAUUGACUUUGAUAUACUAACUUUACCUGGGGUACCAUUUAUUAAACUAUCAGGAGCAAAAACGAUACGACAAUCCGCACAAAGCCUUCACCUUCAGAAUGCACGGUUUUGAGUCUGUGGUGGGUCCAGUCAAGGUAAGUUGUUAUCUUGAGCGUGUUGCAAGAUUUACAAAGCACGCUGGUGCACCGCCUCAUCUUAGUUCUUUAGAAUUGCUGUGUGGUGUUACCUUAGCCAUAAUGACUAUCAAACAAUGUUAUGCCAUUCUUUAAUAGCUGAGUAAUGUUUCGCCUGUUUUUCAUAUGUGCAUUACCUCUCCCAUAGGUGUGAUAUUUUACGAAAUGCAUGGUAUUUAGGCGUCUUGCGUACUAAACAAGGCUGUGUGAUUCAAAUGACACCCGUUGGAAUGUUUAAAAGUUUUACAUCAAUAAGUUUGCAGUCCUAUUAAAAAAUUUUUGUGUAAGCAGUGAUCGUGUUGUACUCUUUCCGAAAUUUAAAUUGAUUCUAGAAAAAAUCCUGAAGGUAACUGACUUAAUUCCUUUUCUAUAAACUUCGUGAACAGAAUUCCAAUUAUAUGUAGACGACAAAAUGUUUACUCCCUACAAGUGAAAGAAGAAAUUGGCUUGAAACUUUAAUCCUCGUUUUUCGCUAAGCGUGGCUCCCACUCGUGUUCCUCUACUAUAGGGUGUUUUUAGUAAAGAUACCAACCUGAACAAGGCUCGGGAACACUCCUUGUUAACAUCGCUGCGACCUCCAUACGUCACUAUCCUCACACUGGUUAGAGAUGCUGCUUCCCGACUUCCUAAUGGAGAGGGAACUAGAGCUGAGGUAACACAGCUAAAAUGAAUUGUAAACCACAGUUUUUUCAGUCACAUUGGUAAUACGUAAGUUCACUAAAUAACUAGCUGCGCUUCACCAAAUUGCGACUCAGAGUUCAAAGCAAGUACUAUUUUAUCCCUGGUGUUCAAACAACGUUCCUCCUCGGAAAUUAAGAAACAUUCGUUUAACUAGAACUUUAUUUAAGCUUUUGUAAUCUAGCUCUCUUUUAAAAGUGUCCGUAAUGAGGUAAAUCCCAAGUACACUCUACGUUAAAACACUAUUACAAUUAUUCUACAGAUGUGUGCAUUUGAUUAUUGAAUCAUAAACUAAGUGACGGGAGUUUUUCCCUUUAUAAAAUCAUUUAUAUUUAUUAACUGUGAUCGUAUUUUCUGCUGGCAGGUUUGUGAGCUGUUAAAAGACUCGCAGUUUCUAAACUCGAAUUGCUCGGACGCACAGGUUGGUGACUUAUCAUUGAUAAUGAUUUGUAAUAUAGAAUUGAAAAUAUCCAAGGAUGGAAUAGGUUUUGUUUCACCACGCUCUGUGAUUGGUUUAAUUAUCCUACUCCACCCUCCUAACCAUUCAAAUACCGCACUAGAUGUAAAACUUGUCGCGACUGGGAGACUCCGAAACUCUUAACUUUAAAAGCGAGGGUUAGAGUGACAUCUUGCAACCACUGCCGUUUUUCCCACUCGAUAGACAUUUGGCUUGUAAAGCAAGAAGCUGGUGGAUGGGAGAACUGUAUCUAAAAGUUUACCGCUGAUCGCGUUUUGAGAUUCCAAACAUAACAUUACCCUCCUAAAACUGUCAUCAAAUUUCCAAAAUUCGAUUACAGAAACCGCCUUUUGAGAAAACAACAUUGUAACCUGGCCGAAUAAGCAACAUCACGACGCGCGGUUUCCAAACAGCUGCACCUUCCACUUUCACAGAAAUCAUAAUUUAAGUUAAGAAUUCCUUUUUGUUUGGCUUCUUUUUGUUCAAACACAUCACCAAAAAGGAGCGAAACUCUUUUACUCAACAAGUCAUGUGUCAGCCCUAGGUUCCUCAGCAAUAUUGAAAAUUCUUUCCUUGUAUGUAUGCAGAUUCACACGGUGGUCAGUGGUGCCUUGGACAGGCUUCAUUAUGAACGGGAUCCAUGUGUAAAAUAUGACAGCAAUAGAAAAGUGUGGAUAUAUUUACAUCGCAACCGUUCUGAGGAAGAAUUUGGUAAUCUAAUGCAAAAAAAAUUAUCGCUUAAUGUAUAAAUGGAUAGACGGAAUGAUUGACUGGCUGACGGACUGACUGACUAACUAAUUGACUAAUUGGCUGACUGACAGACUGACUGACUGGCUGGCUGACUGUUCACUGACUGACCGACUGAUUGACUGACUGAACGACCAAUUUAUUGACUGACUGAUUGUAGACAUAUCAGACCUCUUGUUACUUAUUUGCUUGUUUUUAAGAAAAAAUCCAUCAAGCAAGCGCAGCAGCUGCACGAGCUAAGAAGAUGCAGAAACCCAGAGUUGCUCGACAACCGGUAGGUACCUGCUUGAUUAAGUCAUCUUAACGGUGAGAGCUGCCAUAUGAACAUGCGUACAACAAAACAUUUGAUAGAGGUUUUCAUCCGUUAAUUAAAUCAAUUUGUCAUUAUUACAAGUAACAAGUUUCUGUACUUUAAACUUCUUUUUAAAUAUGGAUUUCCAACAGAAGAGCAAAGAGUCAGUGCAACCACAAGAACAAGAAGAAGCUGUUACAACUCCACCCACUGCACUCACUAUUGCUGGGGUUGCUCCUACAUCCUCACCUCGCCAAGUGGACUCUUUGCCAUCUCAAAUUGAACUUGGUACAUAGUUUCCUGGUGUAUAUUUUAAGUGAAAACAUUUCCCACCCUCUCAAGCAUCCCCUUUUCCUAGUCACUUACAAAUCCUCACCCAAACGAUGCUCUAAGCAUUCUUUUGAACAACAUAUUAGGUUUUAUCAACCGACUUGGUAAUAUAAAUUGGCCACCUUGUAGAGUUCAGCCCAGAAAUUGUUCACGGUGGCCAAGUUACAUUAUGAACUCCGUUGAUAAAACCAAAUUAUCUUGUUAUAUCCAUUACCAACGAGCACCACAGUUUCUUAAGAACGGUAUUCCCUUUAUUAUUUUUAAAAUUUGCCGCAGGCAUUGAGUGUUUUCGUUCGGUAACAGGUCAGUCUCAAGUGAGAGGACCAUCUAGGCUGAAUACCGCUGAAACUGGCAUUGCUGACUCCCCUAGUCAUAAGUUCACAAGUGCUUUGAACACACAUACCAGUGUGUUAAAUAUCACUGACGACUCUGUAGACACAAGUCCUCUUCAGCUUGCUAAUGUAAGUGAAGACAUGAAAGGCGACGUUCAAAUCUCGCGCAAAGACAGCUGGAGUAGUGAAGGGGAGAGUUCAGAUGAGAGUAGUGCAAGUGAUCGUGAAAGCGAUAGUGGCUCAGCCGCCAGCAGCAGUGAAGGAAGGAAGGAACUAAAAAUACAUCCAGGGAAAGGAAAAACUCUACCAGGUUUGCGCUUUUAUUUCUCGCUUCGACACCUGUUUUUUCCUUUUUGUUUAUAAAAUGUACACGGAAUAUCCCGAGUGUCUCUUAAAGCAGUUUAGGCGCCGAGGGAUAAGUGGAAAUAUAACGACAUGUGUUUCAGGUUAUGUAGUGCGUUUAUUCCUUAUUUCGUUUGUUGCCUAAUCGUUCGAUCUUUCUCUCACUCAAAAAGAGGGCCAAGCUCUAGGGAAAUCGAAAAAUUGAUAGGAAAAGUUUUGAAGGCAAAUGCUUCGCGAGCGUUUAUGUCUGUGAAUAAACCCGUGGCUUUUGAAGAGUUCACCAACCCAUCAUUGUUAGAUCCAAAAAAUGGUAAUUUGGAAUCGUUCAGACAAUUUUUAUGGCACUUAUGAAGCUUUCGGUUGGGUCGGUUAUCUCCAGGAUCCCUCACUCUCGAUAACUGUUGAUUGACAAUGAAGCUAGAAAUCUAAAAUCUAAAUAGUUAAGAUACAGUGAAGGCCAGAUGAUCAUUGGUUUCACAUUUUAAAUCUUUGCAAAAGGCAGAAUUAUACAACGUAUUUCGUUUACUCCUAAACAUUCUCUUUUAAAAUUCAUAUUCAAACUGCUCUGGGACAGCUUUGACUGCGUGUGGCCCACUUCAACGAUUUUAUUUAUUUCAACUCUUAAAUGAUACUGUAAUAAGUAACGGGUGAAGACAACUAGGCGAGUGUUCCAGCUAAACAAGUAAUUUAAGUAUUUGCGGUAUUGACACAAGAACAGAAAAUCAUUUCGUUGAAACGAAAAUACAAACGGUGAUGUGCUGACGGUUCACCGUAACUUCUAAAGUGGUUUAGUUCUGGUGUCGCCGGUUAUUCCAAACGCAGAUGUUCACCUGUGAUCUCAAAAGCGUCAACAGAAGCGCCCUUUUUUUUCGAAAUUGUCCAAAUUUUGUAUAAUGAUGAACUUAAGUCAGAGUAUCAAUUUACGUUUGUUAAAUAUCUGUGAUUAGUGAACGCCAAAGUUUGUUUGUUUUUUUAUCUAAACUAGGGACCUAAGACUUGCAAGGUUCACUACUCAAAAGGAUAUGUUUCUCUCUUUCAGGGGUGGAGCAGACAGCUGCGAGAGUGCAGGAUAACCAGACAAUUGACGACAGCGGUAACCCAAAGAAACUAUCAAUAUUAUAAACUGUGUUUAUUUUAUUCAUUAAUUUUGAUUCUAAAGGAUAAUGCAAAUGGUUAUUGUAGCUUCCAGUUUUUUUAAUUCUCUUUUCACGAAAGAAUAACCCCGUGACAUCUGCGCCAACUCUAGGAUAGCUUUCCUUAGGGCUAUAGUGCUUAUUGGGCUGCCGGGUCAUUCGCUCAAUUGAAAGGUAGAGAUCCGUUCCUUCCCAUUUUGCUUACUACGUUUAACUAAAGUUCACGACCUCUUUAUCUCGCGAUUUUUGGGUGUGCAUAUAUUGCAACUGUUCAAUUUUUUGUCGACUCAUAAGGUAGACUUUUUUCCUUGGAAAUAUCAUGUAACAUGUGCUUGAUCAGAGGAAACGUUGUUAGUAAAAGUGUUAGAAUGUUAACACAAUCCAAAGGAAACGACGGGAAUCUACAUUGGAAGGUUCAGGUCGCCUGUUUAUGAAUUAUCAGUCAGUUAACCACAAUGUUCAUUUACAUUUAAAACUCGUACGGACCCCAAAGAAACUUACAAGUGUUGGAGGUAUUUGUGUGGGUUGAUUGAUAUGGACUGCAGGUGUUAAUACCUAACGAGGUCGUCCAGAGAGAGGCGUGAGCGUUCUGAUGGGUUCUUACUCGGUCGGUAUUUUUCUAAGAGGGCUGUUUCUACAGAAACAGUCAUAAGCCGCGUAUCUCUGUUCUCGAAAGCUAGCAAAUUCAAUGAAAUAAAAAAGGUUUGGUCGGAAUGCCAUGUAAUAAACUACUUACUGACCUCUCUUGCUCGAGCCGUUCUUAAGAAUAUUGGCCCUUCGUUGUACGGACUUAGCUGCCAUCAGUCCGUACUGCCACGACCUCGGGCCAAUAUUCCCCUGUGCAGCCCUCACGCUCGUUUAAUGAGAAGUCAGUGAUAGUUAUCCAGAUUUGUCAGUGUGUCUUCAUGUUAUAUUCGUGACACGAAAUGUUCGCGUCACCUCAUUGUUAGAGAUAUUUUCAAGAUAUGUUUGAUGUAAUAAUAUGAGCUACAGUGCUUUGAGAAUGAAGCCGAACUUUUCAAAUUUUGUUUGUUUGAAAGGUUUUGACUUUGAAGAUACGACGAGCAGAAAGGAAGGAAACCCUGAUACUAGCAGUGAGCCGGGUAGGCUUUGGAUUGUAACUUUUCAUUUACAUAAUCACAAAGUCUCUCUUCCAUAUCUACUGACUGGCAUAUUACAGGGAGAAGAGUUAACCUGUCCUAAUUUUGCUUUGGUGAUCAAUACGGAGUAGAAACAUAACAAAUAAAAUUUCUUUAGCAUGAGGCGACUCAGAUAAAUCUGCGGAUGAGCCGGAGAGAUUAGUAUUUUUUUGUUAUUGUUUUUUUUGUUUUGUUUUGUUUUGGUUUUGUUGUUGUUGUUUUUUUGGAUUGACAAGGUUCCUACAAUUAGUAUUCGUGGAUAUGAUAAGCCCGCGAAAGCUACCCUUUUUAAUCUGGUUUGACGUUGUUUAAAAGAAGAAAGGCUGAUGAACAAAAUCACGCGAGAACUGUUGUAUGCUGAUUGUACAAGAAAAACCCACUCAACUUUGCGAUCUAAAGGUCCCAAAUUUAAUUCCUACAUUUCCUUCAUUUUGUUUCAGGAUCUGGAAGUGAAAGCGACUUCAGCAAUGUCGAUUGAUAUGUAGAAUAUGACCUGUACAAUAUUUACAUUAAUCAAGCAACAACUUUUUUCAUCUCUACCUGGUCAAAUACAAACAUGUUAUCUGACAUCAUACGUCACCUGUUCCCAUAAUCGCCGUUAUCAAGAACGUGACUGGUUCAAUUCUCAUUCCUUGACGCACUUGGUACUGAAGGAUUCAACAGAGUUUUAAGCAUGUUUCGAGAUGAUAAUAAAUACACUAUAAGUCAAAUCAGUGAUAAAACCUGAACCUCUCUUUGUUACUUUUUUAUGAAUCCAGUUUUGGGUGGAUUAGGGUAGUACUCGUCGAUUUUUGUCAGCAUGAUCUGAUCCCGCUUGCUUCAGUCUUUAGAUGGUCUGCUUAUCCUGUGCAACUACGCAAAAACAGUGGCAUUUACUUUAGCUCAAAUAAACAAGAUUUGUAAAUACUUU